AUGAGUCAAGAACACCAAGGAGCUUCAGGUAUGUUUUUCGUAUAUUUUAAAGGAUUUGUGUUUUAGCCUUAUUAAAUAUGCAUUUUACAUAUGGCAUUGCCGGGUUUUUUAUUGUUUUUGCUCAUCCAAAACAGUAACAAAUAAGGAUAAAAAUUACUGAUUUCAUAUCUCUCUCAGAAAAAUCAGGUAAAGAAGUAAGGAUUCGUAAGGGAUGGUUAGGAUGCUGUCUGUAUAUGAUGGAAUGACGAAGAAAACGUGCUUGGCCGUUAGCAUGAAUUUGACCACGGAAUACCUCUGACCCUGCCCUGUCCGACAUCAAAAAUCUUGAUCGAAAUUCCUUUAUUCCUUCUUUAUAGAACAAAUAAAUCUGCCCGUCUUCUAGUGAUUUGAAAAAAAAAGGCAAAAAAAUGUCCAGUUGUUUCAAGAAAGCAAAUUUUCCAUUUAGAUAUAGAUGUUCCUAUAUCACAUUCUGCCAUACAAAUUACCAAAAGGGGUAAUAUCAAAAUCCUCCAACUAACAUAAAACCACCAUACAGGACAUAUUAAGAAGCGUUUCCCAUAACAAUAUAUAAACAUCCUGUACCAUUAAUUAAACAACAAAAGGCAAAUCACAGGUGAAUUUUUGAAGUCAAAGCCAAAGGAACAGCCAUGAUAAUGUUAUCACAUUGUUCUCUAUUAUAUGAGCUUGCAAUGUUUAAGAAGUGCACAUUAAUUAAUUAAAUAAAUAAAAUGCCAUGACAAUCUGGCCUCAUACCAUCCUCUCUGAUAACAAAUUGUUAUAGAUGCAUUAUCAUACACUGUGUUCCACUACCAAUGUGUAAAAAUGUAAUUGCUGUUGUGGAACAACUAUGACCUAUGUUGCUCAUUCUUUCAAUAUCCUAGGCGUAAAAAAAUACUUGUGCUUCCGGUUCCCGACUGACCCUAUUUUUUUUCUGCCGACCCUAUUAUUUUUUCAAUGCGAGUGACUGUGCGACCCUAUUUUCUCCAGGUGGGUUGCAGGCUGCCCAUACACCGCGCCAAAUGGCGUCUGUUGUCACACUAAUUAAUUGUUGAAACAAAUUACCUAAAUUCGUCCAUAGGAAAUAUGCAUUUCUAGUUAAUAUUGAUGUCGGGACUCUCUACUGCAAAUCGCCCAGCAAAAAAUGCCAAAACCAUGAAAAAAGUAUUUAAAAAAAUUAAUUUCCAACCUACCAACCCUAAUUUUUUCACGAUAUGAAACAAGAACCACAAGGUUUUUUUACGCUCUACCAUCAUAUGUUCAAAUAUCUAAUAAAUGUCACAGUUUAAUCUGUGAUAAAAAUAGUUCUUGGAGACUUAAAAAAGGUUUUUCUGCAGCUACGUCAGGUUUCUCUGCAGUUAACAGCUGUCUGAGUCUCUUUUCACAAAUCAAAUAGAUUGUUCGGACAUUUUCUCUAAAGUACAUUAGCAAUUGGCUAAAGCAAGAGUUGUUUAUUGUUAUUCAUUGUUGUUUUCUGAUUAUAUCAUAUCAACAUUAAUGUUUUUUUAUAAUUAUACAGGCGAUGCAAGUGAUGAUGGAAUGGAUUGCUACCUGCAUAGCAUUUCUACGGUGCAAAAAGCACAAUCGUCAAACAGAAAGUAUUUUAAUUGCAUUGUGCAGGGCAAUGACAGGCCUGUGAGAGCAGUUUGCUACUCGCCAGAAAAAAGGGCAGAACUUAAAGCCCUAGCUGCAACAAAAAGUCCAGUUAAAAUGAGAAAUUUCAAGCAAGCUGACACAUCUGAUGAUAUCAUCAUUACGAAAUGGACGAAGAUGACCCCAUUGGAAAAAGAUCAAAUCACAUUCCCAUAUUCUGACGAAUUGGCCGCCAGCACAAGUGGAGAACCAAUUAAAUUAUCUGCUAUCCAUAACCUCGCUGGUGAGCAACUGAUAUGCGUAAGAGGUGAAGCAUCAAGCAUAUCUGGCAUCAAAAUGGUAACAACACAGUAUUCAGGCAGCACCCAAAAGCAAGAAGUAAUAAUCAGAGAUCCGACUGCUUGUGUAAAGGUAGUCCUUUGGGGAAGGUAUGUAAAUUCCCUUGAAAUCAAUAAAACAUAUCUUUUCAAAAAUCUCCGGGUGAAAGUUACCAAAUAUGAACGCUACCUGAAUACCCCACGUAAAGAUGACUUUACUGCGACACAAUGCCAAGAGUUUGAUACCCCUCUUGUGCCACUGGAAGAAGAUGUAAACACCAUCUCAACUUUCUCUGGCUCUAUUCUUGGUGUACAGAAAGCCUCCAAAUCCCUUGCAUGUGUAGGCUGUCAUAAAAGGUCUGUCAAUGUAGAGGGAAAUAAAGCUGUGUGCCAGGCAUGUGACCUUUCCCAGAUCGCAACACGAUGUCCCAGCUUCUGGUCAGUCCGAUUGUUAGUGAAACCAGAUGAAUCGUCCAAAAAUGUCCGUCUGAUUCUUCCCAGUCAUAUGCUAGAGAAGUUUGUUGCCAUCACUGGUUCUUUAGUGGAACUGGACACCAUUUCAGAGGAAGAUUUGGUUUUCUCAAUACUUGAUUGCUGUUGCAAAAAAUUUGAUUUUACAUAUGACAACAUUGGAAAUGAGAUUACUAACAUAUCACUUAGUUAG